GAGCCUUUUAUUUUUAAAUCCCAAUGGCUUACAUCGCCAUUAAAAACAAAUAGCACGUCUUGUGUCUUGACACAGCAGGUACACAAAAACAACAAUUACUGUAUUGUGUAUACCAUCUUGCGCAAAAGACAACAAUAAAGGUUCAGGGCAGGUGGGAGGACACCUGCAUGGACGUCUGGUGACGUGCUGCGUUCACAGACACCCUCAGGAGCCUUCUGUGUCUGCUUCGUGUUAGCAAGUGACUCGCUCUUUCCACUUGUUAUUUCCAACAGAAACACUCGGAGUGUUUUUUUUUUUUUUUAGGCAAUCAUUUCCAAGAGAAACAUUUUUUUCAAUGAAAAGUGGUUGCUUGAACGUGUCAUGCUGCUGCUGGUCACCUGGCUGGGGCUCUCUGACAUCUUCCCAAGUGGACCUCAGCACCUGCAAAUUGGAGGCAUUUCCUGUUUUGGCGCGCCAGUGGGAUAGGUGGGCUUUGAGACCUGUCAUGUUGGAAGGAGGGGAGGGGAGGGGUGGGGGGAGGCCCACCCUCCUUUGAAUAAAAACAAUGAGGGAGCGUUCCUCCGUCAGAGCGUGUGUGGCGUCUGUGUGGACACUCAUGGCUGAGUCCCGCCUCCUCUUGCUGAUGUGGACCUGCUGCGUCCUACCAGAUGUUGACAUCUGCUUCAACUUCAACACAAAGCACGUAAAGAUCUUCUCUGGUUCAGAAGAGACUCAGUUUGGCUACACGGUGCAGCAACAUGAGGCGGGAGGACAACAGUGGCUGCUGGUUGGCGCCCCCCUCGAGUCCACGGGUAAGCAGCAAACUGGCGAUGUGUUCAAGUGUCCGCUGGAUAAGGGAAACUCCACAGCCUGCAGCCGACUCAACCUUGGCAGAGUGUCGCUGGAAAACGUGUCGGCGACGAACGGCAGGAUGCGUCUGGGAAUGACGCUGACCUCUGACCCCCGAGACAGCAGCUUCGUGACUUGCGGGCCGCUUUGGUCCCACGAGUGUGGAAGCUCCUUGUACAGCACCGGGAUCUGCACCCGUGUCGAGCGCAACUUCCAAAUGUCCGACCCCAUUUCCCCCGCGUUCCAGAGAUGCGAGACCUUCAUGGACUUGGUGAUCGUUGUGGACGGCUCCAACUCCAUCUAUCCGUGGUCUGAGGUCCGGGACUUUGUCACAAACAUCCUCAACAAGUUCAACAUCAGCCCGCAACAGACACAGGUGGCCGUGUUGCAGUACGGCUCCAAGGUGGUGCAUGAGUUCCGACUGGGUGAGUACCAAACAUCAGAGGCGGUUCUGGAGGCCGCCAGGAGCAUCCAGCAGAGGGGCGGGGAGGAAACCAGGACGGCACUGGCCAUCGACGUGGCGAGGUCGCAGGCCUUCCGACACGGCGGUCGGCCAGGCGCUCAUAAGGUGAUGAUCGUGAUCACUGAUGGAGAAUCUCACGACAGCCCUCAGCUGGUGGACGCCGUCACCGCCAGUGAGAGGGACAACAUAACCAUGUACGCCAUCGCGGUGAGUCUCGCCCCGCAGAGAGGCCGCAAAUCCACUUCCUGUCUGGUCCUUCGCAAGUGUACUUUUCAGGUUCUGGGAUACUACACCCGCCGGGGGAUCAUCCCGGACGCUUUUCUCAAGGAGAUCAAGUUCAUAGCCAGCGACCCAAGCGAGAGGCACUUCUUCAACGUGACAGACGAGUCGGCGCUGAAGGACAUUGUAGACGCUCUUGGGGAGAGGAUCUUCUCUCUGGAGGGAACCAGCAGUCUGGGUCGAGGUUUUGGCCUGCAGAUGGCGCAGGCCGGAUUCUCCUUGCAUGUGGUCCAGGAUGGAAUUUUGCUCGGAGCCGUUGGCGCGUACAACUGGAACGGUGCCGUGCUGAAGCAGGCCAAACAACAGAAGGUGGUUCCUCCCAAAUCGGCGUACGACAAUGAAUUUCCAGAGGAGCUGCAGAACCAUGCAGCCUAUCUUGGUUACUCGCUCGGAUCGCUGCUCUCCUCUGGGGGUUCUCAGGUGCUAGUGGCUGGAGCUCCGAGGUUCAACCACAGCGGGAAGGUCAUCGCGUUCACCUUGGACAACAAUGGGAACAUGACCAUCUUGCAAGCGCUGUUGGGAGAGCAGAUUGGAUCAUAUUUCGGCAGUGAGUUGUUAACGAUGGACGUUGACAGAGACGGGCAAAGCGACAUCCUCCUGGUGGCGGCACCCAUGUAUUGUAGUCAAGGCUGGGAGGGAGGAAAAGUAUAUAUCUACACUGCCACACCUCAGGCUCCAUUAGUCCUGCAGGGGGCGCUGCUCCCCGACGUCUCUGACAACUCACGUCUAGGCUCUGCGUUGGCGCAGAUUCCUGACAUGAACGCGGACGGCUUUAAUGAGCUGGCGGUGGGUGCGCCGCUGGAGGACGACCACCAGGGGGCGGUGUACAUCUACUCCGGCCACAACAGAAGCAUCAGUCGGCGCUACAAGCAGGUGCGUCCAGCUCUAAUGAAAGGGCUUACGGGGGAGGUGGGAUGUGAACUUCUCUGUGUGCCGCCUCAGCGCCUGUCAGCAGCUGGCCUCGCCGUCAGUCUGAGCUACUUCGGUCGAAGUCUUCACGCCGUCCUGGAUGCCAACGCUGACGGCAUCGCGGAUCUGGCGGUGGGAGCGCUGGGAGCUGCCGUUGUCAUGUGGUCACGAGAGGUGUUGAAGCUUGAGGCGACGCUGACCUUCGAGCCGGAGAAGAUCAACGUCUUCAACAAGGACUGUUGGCGAGGGCACAAUCUGGUCACGUGCAUGUCUGCCAUUGUCUGUCUACAUCUGCGCUCCUCCGCCGCAUCCGGCACGGACCAGGCGCCCAUGGUCGCGCUCUGGUUCGUGCUGACGCUCGAUAAAAAUCGCUUCCCUCCCCGAGCGCUUCUGGACUCACUCGACCGGCGCCAGCCUAAAACCAUGUUAGUGAGAAUAGGAAGUUCUCAGUGCCAACGUCUCGGCUUCACUGUACAGGACACAAUGAAUUCAGGGCGUCCCAUCCCAGUGAUCUUGGAGGCGGGGCUUUGGAGCUCAGAUGAGGGGCCGGUGCUGGACCCUGACUCGCCCAAAACGCUCAAGACCGAGCUUCCAUUCUGGAACGGAUGUGCGCAAGAAUACGCCUGCGUUCCAGACCUCAGCCUCAACAGUCAAACCGAUCUCAUGAAUGCUAAAGAGUUUUGCAAGUCCAAAGAGGGCGCCACCUGGUCGCUGUGCAGCCAGCAGGGAGUGUGGGAAGACCGCGUCUUUGUAGUGCAGUCCAGGCCGAGGAGCGUUCUUCUCUCAGCUACGCUGAAGAACAAGGGGGAGAACGCUUACGGAACCUCCAUCCACAUCUCCUCCUCGAAGAACCUCGUCUUCUCCAGCCUCAUAGUCAAGGACCAGUCAGAUAUUCAGAUUGACUGCUUCGCCGGAGGCCCGCUGGCCAAUCAGAGGAGAUGUAACAUCAACGCUCCGUUCAUGAAGUUCUCGUCUCAGGUGGCUUUCCGUGUUGAGUUUGAGUUCAGUCCUUCUUUUUUUCUGGACCACCUUCGCAUCGUCAUGGUAGCCAGCAGUGAAGGCGAAGAUGCGUUUCCCGAAAACAACGAGAACAACCUCAUCCUCCCUCUUAAAUACCAGACGGAGCUCCUCUUCAUCAUAGCUCAAACCCCCGCCCGCUUUGAAAUCCAGUCUUCCCAGGACGAGGACUUUUUCCCCUUCGUCGUCAUGUCUUUCUACCUCCAGAACUUGGCCUGGUUUGACGUGCGGAACGUCUCCUUCGCCGCCGACGUUUGGGCCGCGACUCUCCAAGGCAACCAUCUGCUGAGCAUCAGCGAGUUCAGCGUGGAGCAGACCACCGCCUCCUGCCUCCUGCCCGUAGCGGUCGAUCAGGUGGCGAAAGCAGAAGACCUGAGUCACCUGACCCAGAUGAACCAGAGUAACAGUGCUAGCGUGGCGGUCCAGUGCCGACUGGAUCUUCCCGUCUUCAAAAGGGUGAAGCUCACACUAAUAGGAAGACUCCACCGACCCGUCCUGCAGGCGGUCAUCUUCAAGUCCCUGGAGGUGCUGGUCAGCGCCAGCAUCCACUUAGAACCGUCCGCUUCCUACUUCCUGCAAGAGGAGCGGCCAGUUCGACAGAUGAUGAUUGAGUUGAGGAAGAACCAGGAUGUGGUUGACAUUUCGGCCAGGCUCGUCCUGGGAAGCUCAGCGGGGGGGUUGCUGCUGCUGGCCAUGUUAGUCCUGGCUCUGUGGAAGGUUGGCUUCUUUAACAGGAGUAGGCGGAGCCAGCCGCCAAUGGGAAGCACGUAGGGGCACUGUGAAGGAUGCUGGUCAAAAUGGUAGCUGGACUCGAUGACAGAAUUUUAGUCGCCAUUGCUGAUGUUUGUUCUUUAGCGAGAGGGUGGAGCUUGCAUUUUUCAAAGACCGGCUGAGCACACCCGCAGUCUCUCACCAAGGCUCCCUGCUGGUUGGCUGCUUGCGCUACAGGUAAUAAGAGUAACGCGGACUGUUUCAUACAAGUUGGACUGCAAAGUUAUCGUUCAUUAUUAGCUCUGCAGUCUCUUCAUUUGUGGCAAUGUUAGCUUCUUCCAAGGCAGGGAUGUCCAAAUGUUUGGUCCUGGGGACCCAGAAGGGUCUCACUCAUAAAAAUGGUAAAAAAAUAAUUCAUAGAUUAAUAUUCUGUAGAUUAACUUUAGAUCUAUUUGUCGAUAUGAAGUUUUAAUUAUUUUUAGUUUUAUGACCUUUGUGUAAAAAAAAAAAAAGUUUUAAAGGCAAAACAUGCAAUAUAUUUCCCCCAAAAAUGUCAAAGUGGAAUAUUUUGAUGGGUUGUUAUUGGAGUUUCAAGUAAUUCAUUACAUUUGUUUUGAUUUCUUAUUUUUGUGCAGACAGUUUUAUAAAUACCACUAAAAUUGUUGAGGAACUAAAAGGCCCCAAUUUAAUGUUCCAAAAUAUGUCAUACAUUAUUUUUCCAUUUGACUCUGUUUAAAUCUCCAGAGUCUUGAUCAACUUCAGAUUCAUCCGUCGAUUACAAGAUUUUUUUUUAUUUUUUUUAAUAUAAGCUCUUUGUCCAAGAAAACUUUUUUGUGUGUGAAUAUAUAUAUAUAUGUAUAUAUUACAACGUGCAACAUUUUCUCUCAAAGAUAUUUCAAAGUGGAAUAUUUGAUGUGAAGUAAUUGGAGCCUUCAAUAAUUCAUAAAAUCAUUAAUUUUGAUUCAUAAUUUUAUUAAGCAAUGACAGUUUUAAAGACUGUUAUCAGUCAACACCUGUUUGCUCUUUUUUUGUAUUCGUAUUUUUAGACAAUGCCAUGGGCCAUUAAAACUAUUAUUUGCGGUCUGCACUUUGGACACCUUCGUUCUCAAGCCUACCUGUCAAAAGGGUAGCACCGCCUAUACAAACAUCGUCAAGCCACCAUUGCAGUAAUGGCUCCCCCUGCUGGACAUCCGAUUACAACUUGGCACUUUACAUUUUAAUGCCUUUCAAAGCACCAGAAUGCGGCGUUAAGACAAAAAAACAUCUGUUUUUUAAAAAUGUCUUGCUCUUUUAAUGAGUCUUCAGUUUUGUUGCACGUAGAUUUUCUUUUUUUACAAUCUGUAAAUAAAAAAUGUUUAACACA